GGCCCGGCAGCCGCGGCUUGGGAGCGCACGGACGGCUGCCGGCCGGCGCGAUGCUGCGAGGCGCCGCGCGGGCAGCGGGGCGGGUACGGCCGGGCGGCAGGGCCGGGCAGCCUGCUGGCCUGGCUGAUGCUGGCGUCCGCGGGCGCCGCUCCCUGCCCCGAUGUCUGCUGCCCCCACGGCCCCUCGGGGCUGCGCUGCGCCCGGCCUGGGGCCCUGGAUAUGCUCCGCCGCCUGCCCGGGGCUGAGAAUCUGACGGAGCUCUACAUGGAGAACCAAGAGCAGCUGCAGCAUCUGGAUGCCACUCACCUGAGGGGCCUGGGGGAGCUGAGAGACCUCACCAUCGUGAAGAGUGGACUCCGCUCUGUGGCGCCCGAUGCCUUCCAUUUCACUCCUCGGCUCAGUCGCCUGAAUCUCUCCUUCAACGCUUUGGAGUCUCUCUCCUGGAAAACUGUCCAGGGCCUCCCCCUGCAGGAGCUGGUCCUGUUGGGGAACCCUCUUCACUGCACGUGUGCCCUGCACUGGCUGCUGCGCUGGGAGGAGGAGGGGCUGGGCGGCGUGCGCGGGCAGAAGCUUCAGUGCCCCGGGCAGGGGCCCCUGGCCGUCUUGUCCAAUGCCAGCUGCGGUGUGCCCGUGCUGAAGCUCCAGAUGCCCAAUGCCUCUGUGGACGUGGGGGACAAUGUGUCGCUGCAGUGCCUGGUGGAGGGGCAGGGCCUGGAGGGCGCCGGCUGGAUCCUCACCGAGCUGGAGGAGUUGGCCACAGUGACGCAAUCUGGGGGUCUGCCAUCCCUGGGGCUGACGCUGGCCAACGUCACCAGUGACCUCAAUAGGAAGAAUGUGACAUGCUGGGCGGAGAAUGACAUGGGCCGGGCCGAAGUCUCCGUGCAGGUCAACGUCUCCUUCCCGGCCAGCGUGCGGCUGCAUGAGGCCGUCGAGCUGCAUCACUGGUGCAUCCCCUUCUCGGUGGACGGGCAGCCGCCGCCCUCUCUGCGCUGGCUCUUCAACGGCUCCACGCUCAACGAGACCAGCUUCAUCUUCACCGAGUUCCUGGAGCCCGCGGCCAACGAGACGGUGCGGCACGGCUGCCUGCGCCUCAACCAGCCCACCCACGUCAACAACGGCAACUACACGCUGCUGGCCGCCAACCCCUCGGGCCAGGCCUCCGCCUUCGUCAUGGCUGCCUUCAUGGACAACCCUUUCGAGUUCAACCCCGAGGACCCCAUCCCCGUCUCCUUCUCACCAGUGGACACUAACAGCACAUCCGGAGACCCAGUGGAGAAGAAGGAUGAAACACCUUUCCGGGUCUCAGUGGCUGUGGGCCUGGCUGUCUUUGCCUGCCUCUUCCUUUCGACGCUCUUCCUUGUGCUCAACAAAUGUGGACGGAGGAACAAGUUUGGGAUCAACCGCGCAGCUGUGCUGGCCCCAGAGGAUGGACUGGCCAUGUCCCUGCACUUCAUGACUCUGGGUGGCAGCUCCUUGUCCCCCACUGAGGGCAAAGGCUCUGGGCUUCAAGGCCACAUCAUCGAGAACCCACAGUAUUUCAGUGAUGCCUGUGAGGAACUCUCCUGGGUCAAGGGCGGGGGCGUCCGUCACAUCAAGCGCCAGGACAUCGUGCUCAAGUGGGAGCUGGGCGAAGGCGCCUUCGGGAAGGUCUUCCUGGCAGAGUGCCACAGCCUGCUGCCUGAGCAGGAAAAGACGCUCGUGGCCGUCAAGGCGCUGAAGGAGGCGUCCGAGAGCGCGAGGCAGGACUUCCAGCGGGAGGCGCAGCUGCUUACCGUCCUGCAGCACCAGCACAUCGUGCGCUUCUUCGGGGUCUGCACCGAGCACCGCCCGCUGCUCAUGGUCUUCGAGUACAUGCGCCACGGCGACCUCAACUGCUUCCUCCGGUCCCACGGGCCCGACGCCAAGCUGCUGGCAGGCGGGGAGGACGAGGCUCUGGGCCCCCUGGGCCUGGGGCAGCUGCUAACCGUGGCCAGCCAGGUCGCUGCUGGGAUGGUGUACCUGGCCGGUCUGCACUUCGUGCAUCGUGACCUGGCCACGCGCAACUGUCUGGUGGGCCAAGGACUGGUGGUCAAGAUCGGGGACUUUGGCAUGAGCAGGGACAUCUACAGCACGGACUAUUACCGCGUGGGGGGCCGCACCAUGCUGCCCAUCCGCUGGAUGCCGCCCGAGAGCAUCCUCUACCGGAAGUUCAGCACCGAGAGCGACGUGUGGAGCUUCGGCGUGGUGCUCUGGGAGAUCUUCACCUACGGCAAGCAGCCCUGGUACCAGCUCUCCAACACCGAGGCUCCAUAUCCUGAGCGCUGGGAUCCCCCAGGACACUGCCAGGCCCCCCAGGCCCUGCCCCUGUCUCCUCUCCGUUUCUCAGGCCGCAGGAUGCCAUGGAGGCCUGAUACUCGGUUAGCCGUCCAGUGCCAUCGCCUGCCCCAGCACCUGGCCUCCACGAUGUUACCACCUCUGUGCUCCCUCCUUUUCCUGGCCCUGGGCCUGCAGCUGGCUGGAGCUCUCAACCCCAGUGACCCCAACACCUGCAGCUUCUGGGAAAGCUUCACCACCACCACCAAGGAGUCCCAGUCCCGCCCCUUCAGCCUGCUCCCCUCGGAGCCCUGUGAGCGGCCCUGGGAGAGCCCCCACACCUGCCCCCAGCCCACGGUCGUCUAUAGGCCGGUGUACCGCCAGGUGGUGAGGACAGAGCACCGAAAGCGCCUGCGGUGCUGUCCGGGCUUCUACGAGAGCGGGGGCACCUGUGUCCCUCUCUGCGCCCAGGAGUGCGUCCACGGCCGCUGUGUGGCUCCCAGUCAGUGCCAGUGCGAGCAGGGCUGGCAGGGCGAUGACUGCUCCAGCGCGUGUGCCCCAGGGGUGUGGGGGCCUCAGUGUGACAAGCCCUGCCUCUGUGGGAACAGCAGCUCCUGUGACCCCAGGAGUGGAGCCUGCUUCUGCCCCCCUGGACUGCAGCCCCCACACUGCCUCCUGCCCUGCCCCCCCGGCCAGUACGGUCCUGCCUGCCAGUUGCGCUGCCAGUGCCACGGAGUGCCCUGUGACCCCCAGACUGGAGCCUGCUUCUGCCCCCCGGAGAGAACAGGGCCCAGCUGUGAGAUGUCCUGUCUCCCGGGCACCACUGGCGUUGGCUUCUGCCCCGGCACCUAUCCUUGCCACAACGGGGGUGUGUACCAGGCCUCGCAGGGCUCCUGCAGCUGCCCGCCUGGUUGGAUGGGCACUAUCUGCUCCCUGCCCUGCCCAGAGGGCUUCCACGGACCCAACUGCUCCCAGGAGUGCCACUGUCACAAUGGUGGCCUCUGCGAUCCAUUCACUGGCCAGUGUCACUGCGCUCCGGGCUACACGGGGGAUCGGUGCCGUGAGGAGUGCCCCGUGGGCCGCUUCGGCCAGGACUGUGCGGAGAUGUGCGACUGCACCCAGGGCGCGCGCUGCUUCCCGGCUAACGGCGCGUGUCUGUGCGAACACGGCUUCACCGGGGAGCGCUGCACCGAGCGCCUCUGCCCCGACGGCCUCUACGGCCUCAGCUGCCAGGAGCCCUGCACCUGCGACCCGGAGCACAGCCUCAGCUGCCACCCGAUGAACGGGGAGUGCUCGUGCCUGCCGGGCUGGGCCGGCCUGCACUGCAACGAGAGCUGCCCGCAGGACACGCACGGGCCCGGCUGCCAGGAGCACUGCCUCUGUCUCCACGGCGGUGUGUGCCAGCCCGACAGCGGCCUGUGCCGGUGUGCGCCGGGCUACACGGGCCCGCACUGCGCCAGCCUCUGCCCCCCCGACACCUAUGGCGUGGACUGCAACGCGCGCUGCUCCUGCGAGAACGCCAUCGCCUGCUCGCCGAUCGACGGCGCCUGCGUCUGCAAGGAGGGUUGGCAGCGUGGGAACUGCUCUGUGCCCUGCUCGCCUGGAACCUGGGGCUUCGGUUGCAACGCCAGCUGCCAGUGUGCCCACGAGGCAGCCUGCAGCCCCCAAACCGGAGCCUGUACCUGCACCCCUGGGUGGCACGGGGCCCACUGCCAGCUCCCCUGCCCGAAGGGGAAGUUUGGUGAAGGCUGUGCCAGUCACUGUGACUGUGACCACUCUGAUGGCUGCGACCCUGUUCGUGGACACUGCCAGUGCCAGGCCGGCUGGACGGGGACUCGCUGCCACCUGCCCUGCCCCGAGGGCUUCUGGGGAGCCAACUGUAGUAAGAGCUGUACCUGCAAGAAUGGGGGCACCUGCAUCCUCGAGAAUGGCAAUUGCGUGUGCGCCCCCGGAUUCCGAGGCCCCUCCUGCCAAAGAUCCUGCCAGCCCGGCCGCUAUGGCAAACGCUGUGUGCCCUGCAAGUGUGCCAACCACUCCUCCUGCCACCCCUCCAACGGGACCUGCUACUGUCUGGCUGGCUGGACAGGCCCGGAUUGCUCCCAGCCAUGCCCUCUAGGACACUGGGGAGCCAACUGUGCCCAGCCCUGCCAGUGCCACCACGGGGGCACCUGCCACCCCCAGGAUGGGAGCUGUUUCUGCCCCCCAGGCUGGACUGGACACCUCUGCUUGGAAGGCUGCUCUCCUGGGAUGUUCGGAGCCAACUGCUCCCAGCCAUGCCAGUGUGGUCCUGGAGAGAGGUGCCACCCGGAGACUGGGGCCUGUGUGUGUCCCCCAGAGGACAGUGGUGCCCCCUGCAGGAUUGGAAGCCAGGAGCCCUUCACCAUGAUGCCUACCUCUCCGGUGGCCUAUAACUCGCUGGGGGCAGUGAUCGGCAUCGCUGUGCUGGGCUCCCUGGUGGUGGCCCUGCUGGCACUGUUCAUUGGCUACCGCCACUGGCAAAAAGGCAAGGCACACCGACACCUGGUGGUGGCCUACAGCGGCGGGCGCCUGGACAGCUCCGAGUACGUCAUGCCAGAUGUGCCCCCCAGCUACAGCCACUACUACUCCAACCCCAGCUACCACACCCUGUCACAGUGCUCCCCGAACCCCCCGCCCCCGAACAAGGUUCCAGGCAGUCAGCUGUUCGCCAGCCUCCAGGCCCCCGAGCGGCCAGGGGGCACGCACGGGCUCGAGAACCACAGCACCCUGCCUGCUGACUGGAAGCACCGCCGGGAGCCCCCGCCAGGGCCUCCGGACAGGGGGAGCGGCCGCCUGGACCGAAGCUACAGCCCCAGUUACAGCAGCCACGGCGGCCCAGGCCCGUUCUCUAGCAAAGGGCCCAUUUCGGAAGAGGGCCUGGGGGCCAGCAUGGCUUCCCUGAGCAGCGAAAACCCCUAUGCCACCAUCCGGGACCUGCCCAGCCUCCUAGGGAGCCCCUGGGAGAGCAGCUAUGUGGAGAUGAAAGGCCCUCCCUCAGGGUCCCCCCCCAGGCAGCCCCUUCAGCCCCGAGACAGCCAGAGGCGGCACCACCCCCAGCCACAGAGAGACAGUGGCACCUAUGAACAGCCCAGCCCUCUGACCUAUGACAGAGACUGUGUGGGCUCCCAGCCCCCGUUGCCUCCGGGCCUGCCCCCUGGCCACUAUGACUCACCGAAGAACAGCCACAUCCCUGGCCACUAUGACUUGCCUCCAGUACGGCACCCCCCGUCACCCCCACUCCGGCGCCAGGACCGCUGACGGGUCAGGAUGGCAUGCAGGGACCAGCAUACCUGUUCUUUGCUGCCCGAGGUUGGGGACAGAGCCUGCUGUACCCUGCCAGGAGCAGGGAGAGGACCAGCAGACCGUGAAUAUGAACGUUUACUAGAGGAAGUGAACGUGGAGGGGACAGGGCCUGGCUCCCAGCUUCCAGCACGGGAGACCCUGGUCAGCAGGAGCCCACAUUCCCUCUCGUCCCUGUUCCAACCUGCUGCUUUCCAAGGUCCCAGGGCCCUUGUGCAUAAACUGGUGGGAUGGAUGUUGCUAGAAAAGUCUGAUUUCAGAUUAAUGUCAAAAA